AUUAUGAUUUCAGCCAAUCAGCUGUGGCGAACUAUCUCCUUGAACUUGUUCCUUUUCGUUAUCGGUGGAGGAGCAGGAUAUCCCUCGGGAAUAGAAUUUAAAAAUGCGUCGAUCUGUGAUGGCUUUCAUGACCAUACAGCAAAAAUCAAAAUAUCUCCAUGGCCUUUUAUAGCGACUGGAACUUUCGCCACGAUAAGUGUAACACUAACCCCCGCUGUUGAUGUCCUUGACGCGUACACGAAAUACAUAAUAAAGUCAGAAUCGGACGGAAAGGUUAUCUUCAAGGGGAGGGAAAAUUUUUGCAAAAAUGCAGAUUUCCAAGAAUUAUGCAGCUUACCUGCAGACGAGACUCACGUGUUCACUCACUCAGGUAAAUUGGCAGCAAUUCCAUCAUUUUUCAAGAUGCUGACCGUUAAUGGAAGACUGCAACUUUUUAACCAGGAUGAUGUCAUGUUUCUUUGUCUCGAUGCCGUGGCUAAGGGACACUAGACUAAGUCGAAAAAGGGAUAACGACCAAGUCAAAGAUGAGGAGAAACGCGAAGGCAUAGUGGA